ACAUAGCCUAUCUCAUUUCUCUAUUUCUAUUCCUCAAUAGAACUUGUUUAAGCUAGUGUGAGAGAAGGUAAGCAAGAGAGAAGAAUCGACAACUUAGUUAGGUCUUUUCUUGCCACAUUGUUGAACAUGUCGAACAGAAGAUCAAGACAAUCUUCAAGUGCUCCAAGGAUCUCCGAUGAUCAAAUGAUUGACCUCGUAACUAAGCUCCGUCAAAUUUUGCCGGAGAUUGGCCAACGACGUCGUUCUGAUAAGGUAUCAGCCUCGAAAGUAUUGCAAGAGACAUGCAAUUACAUACGAAAUUUGAACAGAGAAGUUGACAAUCUCAGCGAGCGUUUGUCUCAGCUUCUCGAAUCUGUCGAUGAAGAUAGCCCUGAAGCCGCCGUUAUUAGAAGCCUACUCAUGUAAUCUUUUUUUGUUUUUGUUUUUGACAAGCCUACUCAUGUAAUCUUUAAUGAUCGCUCUAUAAUAAUUAUAUAAUAUAUAUUUUUAACCUAA